AACAUGGCGGUUACUCUGAGCGUCUUGCUGGGCUUGCGUGUCCGUGCUGCUAUCGCUCGCUGUGGGUUCGCGACCCGGGGGGUGGCAGACCCCGGCUCUCUCGGCCGCGAGCCGGACCCCGAUUCCGACUGGGAGCCGGAGGAGCGGGAGCUGCAGGAGGUGGAGAGCACCCUGAGACGGCAGAAAAAAGCCGCCCGGUUCCAGAAAAUUCGGAGGCAGAUGGAGGCUCCGGGUGCUCCGCCCAGGACCCUGACGUGGAAAGCCAUGGAACAGAUCCGGUAUUUACAUAAAGAAUUUGCAGAGUCCUGGUCAGUUCCUAGAUUGGCUGAAGGCUUUGGUGUCAGCACUGAUGUGAUCCGAAGGGUUUUAAAAAGCAAGUUUGUACCCACAUUGGAGCAGAAGCUGAAGCAGGAUCAAAAAGUCCUUAAGAAAGCUGGACUUGCGCACGCACUCCGGCGGCUCCCCGGCUCUGGGGACACCUUGAAGUCGCUGUCUGCGAGUCACUCUGGAUCAGGCUCUAUGCUGACGCCAAGGGGUGAAUCCUCAUUCAGAGGCUUGGGUCACAGCACAGCUUUGCACCUGGUAGACUCCAACACUCACGGUACAAAUACACCACGGAGACAGAAGGGAGGGAAUCAAGGAAUCCAGGUCCCGGAGGAGGACCGCUCCGUGCCUGUUGCAGCAGCCCUAGGUCGUCAGCGAGAGCUGCAGAAGUCCUCCACCGGCGGUGCGGGCAAGAGAGGACCUGAUGGUUAUGGAUUGCCAGGCGACACGCCGGGAGAUCUGAAGGCAGGGGAGCCGGAUGAGCAGAACUUCAGCAGCAAAGUCGUCCAGAGGGGGCGAGAGUUCUUCGAUAGCAACGGGAACUUCCUGUACAGAAUCUGAGCUGGAGCAUGGCUUGUGGAGGUGCCAAGUGAAACACAGCUGGGCCAGUAUAUCUGGGGCCGCCUAGACUUCUGUUUGUGGAGUAUCCACCUUGGGAUAGUAGGAAAUGAUGAGCCUGGAAGGUGGGAGGAAAGAGCCUGUCGGAUUGAAUCUGAUGAAAGGUAGUGAGCUUCACAGGGCAGA